UAUAAUUUUUUUGUUAUUUUAUUUUAAAAUUUUAUAAAAAUCUAUCAUAAAAAUUAAUCAAAAUUUCCUAAUCGAAAAAUUUUUGGGUCAGUCUUCCUCUAAACUCCCUGGUAUUACCUAAAAUGAUAGAUAAUUUUCUUGGACAAAAAUACAUACUAAAGAAAAGUGAAAAUUUCGAUGCUUACAUGAAAGAAUUGGGUGUUGGUUUGACCCUACGCAAGAUGGGCAACACUUUAGUAUCCCAAUGUGAAUUGCAGCGAAAUGACGAUAAUAUCUAUACAUUUACCCUAGAAACUCCUUAUCAUAGCUGCAGUAUCAAUUUUGAAAUGAAUAAAGAAUUUACCGAGAUAACUUUGGAUAAUCGUGUGGUAAAAACAAUUUGUCAUUUAGAAGAUAAUGUUUUCGUACAAAAACAGCAAGCAGAGGGCUUGAAAGCAACUAAAAUUAUACGAGAAUACACAGACAAUGAACUUACAACAACUCUUACUGUGGGUGAUGUAAAGGCGGUACGAAUUUAUGGUAUUUUAGAGGAAUCAGAAGAAUCUGAGGAGUCUGAGGAUACUGAUAGUGAAUGAAUACAAUUAAAAAUUUCAAUACUAAAUAAUUUGGAAAACACUAAAUUUAGCCGAAAAAUCGAAAGGUGUAUGAUUAAUAUUGAGGACUAUUUCAAUACUAAAUAAUUUGGAAGAUAGUAAAUAUAGCCGACAAUUGGAAAUACAUUGCAUUUCAAAUAAAAAACUUGUCUCUACUCAUAGAAAGAGACAUCCUUAUGAAUGUAUUCAACUAAAUAAAAUGAAAAUAUGUAACAAAAAAAUUCAUUUGUAUAUAAAAUACCAACACAUUGAACGAAAUUGCAUCCUUUAUGGCUUUUAAAGACUUUCCGGCGCAUUGCAGUGGUGUGCCAGUCAGUUAUUCGUUAAAACUAUUUCUUUAUAAUAUGUAUUUAGUUUAAUAUAAGUGCACGGCAUUUUCCAGCACACAAUCACGUAAAUUUUAAUGUUUAAAAGCUUUUACUAUAUGUAUUCAUUGUAGUAGUAGUCCCUAUUGACGCUGUCAUGAUGGUUUAUGUCAUCGCAGUUGUAAUA